GUCCGCACCACACUCAUUUUCAUUUCGUCAAACCUCACUCUUUUAAAACACAUACUUAACAUUUCUUUUCUACCUAGUCGCCAAUUCUACUUUCAAGCUCCCUCCAUAUCUCAAGGUCUACAAUCAUCAUCUCGCAUUUCCUGUCACGUUUAAUUUCCAUAGCUGCAUGUCUACAGAUUCCAACACAGCAUCGCUGUCUACAGGCCAUUUGGAGGAAAAGAAGCCUCCAAAUCACCCAAUGUUGAUUUUGGACACUAAGCUUGUUGAGACUAGCAUGCCUGCUUCCCCUUCACCAACUUCGCCUGUCCCUGCGCCUGUUUUCACAUCUGAUUUUACCCAGGGUACAGCGACAAUUAAUGACGCUGGUGGGAGCGUGCAGAUAGCGAACGGUGAGACGUCAGUCUUGCAGAUUGAGCUGACAGAGACAUCUCAGGUUGAUAAUGUUAAUGAUGGUAGCGAAGCAAGGUCACAACUAGUGUUAGAGCAAGUACUAGGCACCAGUACAGUAACAGCGGACACAUCAAUGAAAUCAGCAUCUUCUUCUACUCCCGGUGCUGCUGCUUCUGUUACCUCUGACAAUGCUGUAAUCAGAUCUGGUCAGCAAGGACCUGUGCCGACUACUCUUUCCACCUAUGCUCAUUCAGAGUCGACGCCGAUUCAGCAUGGAGCUGAUGAAUGGCCUGAGACGCCACGUCAGUUCCUCGGUCGUCUUAAAGAAACAGUCUCCAAGGCAGAGCUGGGUAAUAUUCUGUCCAAAGGGUCAGAUGCAUUCCAUCAAGCGGUGCUACGGCUUCAUAUGGAAUCCUUUGACUUUCGGCGUGAUCCAAUAGACCUCGCCCUUCGGAAAUUUCUCCUAGACUUCCAUUUCCCAAAGGAAGCUCAACAAAUUGAUCGAGUUCUGGAAGCGUUUGCAAGCCGAUACCAUGCCUGCAAUCAACAUCUCUUCCGAUCUUCUGAUGUUGUAUAUACCAUUGCCUUCUCAUUAAUGCUCCUUCAUACCGACGCACACAAUAAUAAUGUGCGCUAUAAAAUGACCAAGGAACAAUACGUAAGACAAGCUAAAAGCAUUGAUGGAGUCAACACCAUACCCGCUGACAUCCUAGAGAUCCUAUACGAUAAUAUAACGUAUCUCAAGUUUGUUUAUGCAGAGGACGAUAUGGAUGUGGAUGGACAGAGAAUUGCAGAAGUACAAUCAACGUCAUCGAGCUCAUGGUUUCCACGGCGUCGUACUGCAAGCACUCACCGAACAGACUCUUACAGCAUGAUUCGACAUGGGAGUAUUGCACAUCUUGCGCCAGAUCUGAGUGAUAUUAUUCCGUUUCGGUGGCCGUAUUAUUGGAAGGGAACAGUAGAAAUGGUUGAUAAUGUGCAGAUCAACAAUCAGUUCACGCGGGCGCCACUUGUCACUGUUCCCGGCCUUCGCCUCAGGCUUCGAAGUCAAACACAACAACAGCAGCAACAGCACUUACACCUACAGUUUACUAACGCAGGAUAUGAAGGCACAUACCCGCCUUUAGGAUCUCGGUCUGCCGCACGACCAGAUAUUAAAGGCCAUAUGGACGACAGCGAUAUCAAGGAACAAAUUCUACGAUCAGAUACAACCCUUAAGAGUGGAAACGAGAUUACGAAUUGGAGUGGAAAGGAGGAUGAAGAUACUGACGGAUGUGCACAGCUUAGGAUUGUCAAAAGCGGUAUCCUUACGCGCAAGAUUGAUAUUGAGAAUGGCAAGAAGAGUUCUGUACGUGGUUGGAGAGAUCUAGGCGUUAUUCUUAGCGGAUCUCAACUUUUGUUCUUUACAGACACUGCAUGGUUUUAUCAGCAACGGGCAACACAAGUGGGAUUCAAUCCUCAGGCACCACCUGAAGAGGAUGGAUAUUUUGCACCUGAAGUUAAUAGCACUAAUCUUCCUCCUACGCCCCAAGCUCUGAUAUCAACAUUCGAUUCGAUUGCUGUUGUGGAUAGUAGCUAUCAGAAAUAUCCUCAUGUUUUUCGACUGGCUUGUCCAAAUGGUAAACAAUACCUAUUUAGAGCGGAAUCAGAGCACGAAAUGAAUGACUGGAUGGCGAAAAUCAACUAUGCAUCUGCAUUUAAAACCGCAGGCGUGCGGCUCAGGAGCUAUCGCGUCGCAUGGGCGAAAGAUGUCUACUGGAUCAAGGAUGAGCAAGGACGACACCAACUCAGGAGGAAGCAGAAGGAUCCUUCAACUCCUAACACGCCUACUACACCUAUGGAGCCGCUGGAUGGAAGAGCACAAUUGAUCCAGGCGAAGAUGAAGGAUGUUGAUAGGAUGAUCAAUACAUGUUCUGCUUCUUUAGCAUCAGAACUCCGGCUCGCUAGGGGACUCGAGGUUAUGAUCCCUCUUCAGAAUUCGACACGGCAAAAGAUCGUACAGAGCGCUACUGUGGUUGGGAAAAGGUUGCGGCAUUUAAUGCUGGAGAGGACAAAGCUUGACUGCUUCCGAACCAUUCUAGAGCGCGACUUGGCUGUUGUUCCUUCGAUAUAUCAUUCUCCUUGUGAUAGUGAUAUAACAACGGGUGAACAUCGAAUGAACGACGACAUGUUGGCCAGUUCAAGUGCACUUGGCGAAGCAUCAGAAUUUAUUGAGCAGGGCUUAGGGAAAUUCAGUAAUCCUCUGUCGUUCAAACAACAGCAACAAAGUUGGUAUCAGUCCGUUUCAGGGCUUGAUGACAAUAUGGACCAUGCUAAAGAUGCUAAAGAAGAGGAGUACAUUCUAGACACAAAAAACACCAGCCAGAGAAGCAACCACAGUUCCAAAAGCAGCUCGCGUCCCAGACUCAAUCUUCCAGAAAUCCAGAGAUCUGUUAGCGAGGACACAUUAGAUGAACGUCAUCGAGCUUGCACUAUUAAAAAUGUUGAUAUUCCUAUGAGGCCUUCAGAGAUACAAGCUGCUAUCAUUAAUGCCGCGCGGGGGCAUCAUCGCCAUCACCUUCAUCACCACUAUAAUAACAAUCUAUCAAAUCCGGACCUCAACCAGCUUCAUGGAGAGGAAGACUCCAAUAGUAGUGCAUAUUUAUCUCCAGAUCACAUUAAUUCUCAGCACACAACGAGCAGUCAUACCAAUAUCUCCCCUUCUAGUCCAGCUUCAAGUAUCAGCGGAGGCCAUUCUUCGCAUCUCUCACCCGAAAGUUCGAUACCUCGAUCGCGUGCACUUUCCAUGCCCGGGCAACGGCCCAGUAUGAUGCCACGCACCGUCUCAAUCUACUCGAGUAGUUCUCAAACAGCCAACAGAUUGCGUCGUAUUUUCGAGCAGGGGUUGGGACACUUUAAACUUAAUUCUUCAACCAAGUCAACGUCAAGUUCAGCGCCUUCGCCUGUUGGUGGUGGAUCAUCAUUGAAGACAAGUACCGCUUAUCAAUCUGAUACGGAUGAAGACUGAUGAUGUAGUCGUUAUCACGUCAAUGAUUGCAAAUUCGGAUUAUUCGAAUAGGAUAGAUUUUAAUGACCAUCAAAGAAUAACUUUUUUUUUCUCCUUCCUUAUUCUCAAUUACAUCUAUUUCCCUUCAGGGCCGCUUUCAUCUAUAGUAUGAUGUUUUCUGCUAUGGCAUAUCCUAUCUUUAAAGCAUAUCGAAUAUGAUUUUGGAAGUCCAAAAAAAAUAAAAAAUUACCAGAGAGCAG